AUGUCGCCCACCGCAGUCGAUUCGAGCAACAAGAGAAAGAGGUCUCACAAGAGCAAAAAGGUCGCAGAAGUAGCUGUGCCGGCGCAUAAUGGCGUAGAGAAGGCGCGCAAGAAGGCUCGCAAGGAAAGAGAGGCCGAAGCCGUUGUGGAGGAGCCUAUUGUUGAAAACGAUACUGAAGAGGAAGAUAGCGACGAGGAGGCUGAGGAGAAAUCUGCAGAGGUAGACGUUGCUGAGGAGAACGAGGACAAGGACGACGAGGAUGAGGAUGUGGAAGCGCAAGACGAUGACGGCGACAACGAUGAUGCGCUAGCUCAACCAUCUGGUGCCGCUGGCAGCUCCGACCUCACCUCCGGAACGACCAUGCCCAUGGCGAACCCGACGGAAUUCGCAGAGCUUAACCUCUCUGAGCGGACAAGGCAGGCCAUUGACGGCAUGGGAUUCAAGACUAUGACGGAGAUCCAACAGAAAGCUAUCCCGCCUCUUCUUGCUGGUAGGGAUGUGCUCGGUGCGGCCAAGACUGGCAGCGGAAAAACGCUGGCCUUUCUCAUUCCUGCCAUAGAAAUGCUGUCACAACUGCGCUUCAAACCGCGCAAUGGUACAGGUGUCAUCGUUGUGUCGCCUACAAGGGAGCUGGCCCUGCAGAUCUUCGGAGUUGCGCGCGAGCUCAUGGAGCACCACUCACAAACAUUUGGUAUCUGCAUCGGAGGAGCCAAUCGAAGCGCCGAAGCCGAUAAAUUGAGAAAGGGAGUGAACCUACUCAUUGCCACACCUGGUAGGCUGUUGGAUCACUUGCACAACACGCAGGGAUUCGUCUUUAAGAACCUGAGAUCUCUCGUUAUCGACGAAGCAGACCGUAUCCUCGAGGUUGGAUUCGAAGAUGAAAUGAGGUCGAUCAUCAAGAUCUUGCCCACCGAGCGUCAAACGAUGCUGUUUUCUGCCACACAGACGACAAAGGUUGAGGAUCUCGCGAGAAUCUCGCUCAAGGCCGGUCCUCUUUACAUCAACGUCGACCACCGAGCCGAGCACAGCACUGUGCAAGGAUUGGAGCAGGGCUACGUCUUGUGCGACUCGGACACCAGAUUCAGACUCCUCUUCAGUUUCCUGAAGAAACACCAAAAGAAGAAGGUCAUUGUCUUCUUGUCGUCAUGCGCAUCUGUGGACUUUUACAGCGAAUUGCUCAAUUACAUCGACCUGCCUGUUUUGGGACUGCAUGGCAAGCUCAAGCAACAGGCGCGGACGAACCGCUUCUUUGAGUUUGUGAAUGCUCAGAGUGGCACGCUCAUUUGCACAGACGUCGCUGCUCGGGGUUUGGAUAUCCCCGAGGUGGAUUGGGUAAUUCAGUUUGACCCGCCAGACGACCCAAGGGAUUAUAUUCACCGAGUGGGACGAACUGCAAGAGGCGCCAACGGUAAAGGACGAAGUUUGAUGUUCCUUCUACCGUCAGAGGUUGGCUUCCUGAAACUGCUGAAGGAAUCGCGUGUGCCGCUUGUUGAGUUUGAGCUGCCAGCAAACAAGAUUCUGAAUAUUCAAUCUCAACUAGAAGCGCUCAUCUCGAAGAACUACUACCUCAACAAGAGCGCCAAAGAUGGGUACCGAUCAUAUCUCCAGAGUUAUGCUAGCCACAGCCUGCGUUCGGUCUUUGACGUGAACAAGCUUGACCUAGUAAAAGUUGCGAAGAGCUUUGGCUUCUCAACGCCGCCAAGGAUCGACAUCACUCUAGGAGCGGGGUUGAGUCGCGACAAGAAGGUAGAGGGCCGGAGAGCAUAUGGAAGCCAACCGCAGCAGGGACGGCGGCCCAUGAAGCCAGGCAAGAGGUUUUGA